AUGGAGGACGUAUUGAUAUUAAAAGAUUAUAAAACUGUUCCGGAUGUUGUACACGAAUAUGGACCAACCUUAAAGUUUGGACAUAUACCCUUAGUUAUAGAUAAUGGUUCAUAUCAAUGUCGUGUGGGUUGGUCGAUAUACGAUGAACCACAUUUAAUAUUUAAAAAUCUAAUUGCACGACCUCGCAAAGAUCGAUGUAAAAAAGAUGCUGAACCUCCUGUUACACCGCCGAUUCAGAUUGGAAAUGAUAUUAUUAAUAUAGAAGCGGUGAGAUUCCAGCUUAAAACACAAUUUGACAAAAAUGUAGUUACUCAUUUUGAGGUUCAAGAACAAGUUUGUGAUUAUAUAUUUUCACAUUUGGGAAUUGACAGUGAAGGCAGUGUGCCGCAUCCUAUAGUUAUGACAGAAGCUUUUGUAACACCAAAUUAUUGCAGACAAUUAAUGUCAGAGCUGUUAUUUGAAGGUUAUGGAGUACCUGCUGUAAGCUAUGGAAUAGACUCACUAUUUAGUAUGUAUAAAAAUGACAUAGGUGAUUCUGCUUUAAUUGUAAAUUGUGGAUAUCAUACCAUACACAUUAUACCUGUUAUCAGAGGAAAAGUUAUUGCUGACCACUCACGACGAAUAAAUUUAGGUGGGAGCGAAAUCACGUGCUAUCUGCAUAAACUUCUGCAAUUGAAAUAUCCAGUUCAUGUGAACGCAAUAACCAUGUCUCGCAUAGAGGAAAUUCUCCAUGAGCAUUGCUCCAUAGCAUUAGACUAUCAGGACGAAAUUAAGAAAUGGGCGAAUCCUGACUAUUAUGAAGCAAAUGUGAAAAGGAUACAACUGCCGUUUGUUCAAUCCAACAGCUCUUCAGGCCUGACAGCUGAGCAACAAAAAGAGCGAAAGAAAGAAAUGGCGCGCCGACUCCUUGAAAUCAACGCGAGGAAAAGAGAAGAAAGAUUGGCUGAAGACGAAGAACAGAUGAACCAGCUCUUGGCAAUCCAGGACUUAAUAGAAGACGGCGACAUGGACGAAUUUAACGAAGCCAUCAAAGGAUUUGAUAUAAAAAGUUAUGAGGACUUACAGAGGCAAAUAUCGAACCUGAACGCGCGCAUAGAGAAGAAUAGGCAACGCAUCGCGGCCGCCGCCAACCCCGAGGAGAUUCCGGAGCCGAAGUCUACAGGACGCGUGCAGCCGCCAACCGAUCCCGAAGCAUUCCAAGUGUGGCUCAGCGACACAAGAGCGAAGUACCGCGAGGUGCUGGGGCGGCGCGAGGCGAGGCGGGCGCGGCGCGCGGCCAUGCUGCGCCGGCGCACCGCCGCGGCGGCGGAGCGUAUGCGCGUCAUCUCGCGGCUCGCCGCGGCCGGCGACGACUUCGGCACGCGCGACUCCGACUGGGACGUGUACAAGAGUAUCAGCCGCGAGGCCGACUCUGACUCGGAAGCUGACGGCGAACGCCUCGUUGAACUCGAGGAGGCGCUUCGCGAGUACGAGCCCCAGCAGCCCAGCAACCAGCACCACCAACUGCACCUCGCUAUAGAGCCUAUCAGAGCUCCCGAGUUAAUGUUUCAACCGUCUAUGAUGGGUAACUUGGAAGCCGGAUUAGCGGAGAGCAUGGAGUAUGUGUUCAAACAUUUUAGCACCGAAGAUCAGUUACUGUUAGCCAACAAUGUAUUCCUCACUGGCGGCUGCUCACAAUUCCCGGGUCUGAAAGAGAGAUUGGAAAGGGAGCUUCUCGAGAUGCGACCGUUCCAGUCGACUCAUAGAGUGGUUGUGGCUAAUAGCCCGAGUCUCGACGCUUGGUACGGCGCUAGGGAUUUCGCGGGCAGCAACGACUUUGAGAAUUGGUGCAUAACCAAGGAGGAGUAUUACGAAAUGGGCGGUGAAUAUUUGAAGGAGCACCAUGCCAGCAACAAAUAUUACAAGAGUCCUGCGCCCAUAGUUGAUAACACACUGGCGCCCGCCGGCGAUGCCAAUGUAGUUAAAGAGGAAAUAGUUAUCGAUUGU